AUGGGAAAAAACAACUCAAAUUCAUGGAUAAAUGCAGUGAAAAAUGCCUUCAAAUCUCCCUCCAACAAUGAUGAGAAGAAGAGAUGCAAAAGAGGUGAAGAAAAUGAACAAGAAGAUGACAUCAAGAAAAGAGGAAAAAGGAGAUGGAUAUUUGGCAAGAAUUUCCCUACAGAAACAACAAUACAAAACGGAGUAGCUAAAUCUGCUAUCAGCCUAUGCACAAUUGGACAUGAAAAUCCAGUUGCAAAUGAAGAACCUAAAAUUAGAGACAAAAAAACUAAUAAUAUUAUUACAUCCUUUGAAGAUCAUCAGCCAAAGAGUGCUAUUGCCAUGGCUAUGGCCACCACAGCUGCUGCCGAGGCUGCGCUUGCAAACGCCGUCGAAAUUAUUCGCCUCAGUAAAAACUCCAUUUUAGCCAGACAAAAUCAGGCCGCAAUUGUCAUUCAGACUAUCUUCAGAGGCUACCUGGCUAGGAGAGCUCUGUUGGCACUGAAAGGAGUUGUGAAAAUGCAAGCUUUGAUAAGGGGAUACAAUGUGCGAAAACGGGCCGAGUCGACUCUUAAAUGCAUACAAUCUCUCGUCCGAGUUCAGGCUCUCGUUUGCGACCAAUGGAGGAGGAUUUCGUGUGAUGCAAAACCCGUGUUCUCUAAGAAUGUGAGUAACACUUGCAAUAAUUUGGAAGUUGAUGAAAUCCAGGCUCUGAUGCAGAGAGCUAAACAAUGCUCAUUCAGACAGGGGGAAAAACAAACACUUGCUCAUAUCUUGUCUCAACAGGCAUGGAUACUUGAUGAGGAUCAUAAUUCAGACAAAGAACACAAACCGAAUCAUUAUACGAACCAUCCGACAAAAGUCAGAAAAGACCGAAAUCUUUGCAUCCAACGUCAGAUGCAUCCAAUCAAGACCGUCGACAUCGACACGUACGGAUCAUCGAAAUCUCGAUACCAAGAUUCAUACUUCAUCAACUCUCCAAAAACUCCAUCCGCAAAAUCCGAGACAAUUUAUUUUAACCGAAUGAGCCUUAGUGAAAAUUCUUGCCCAUUGCCUAGGCCCAAUUACAUGGCGGCCACACAGUCGGCCAUGGCCCGCGUUAGGCCCAAUAGCACGCCAAGACAAAGGCCUUCAAGCCCAAAUAGACAGCAAACGGGCCCGGCAAGAAGGCGUCUGUCGUUUGGUAAAGGCGAGUGUUCGAGCGCGCUGUGUUAUUUGACAGAGUAA